CUUUGUUGAUUUCAAAUCUCUCUCUCAACCUCUCUGAAAAGAUUUCUCGAAAGUUCAGUUUUCGCUGUCGAAUUUCUAGGGUUUCGCUUUUUUCGAUUAAUCAAUUUGCAUUGUAACACUUAAUUUGACGAAUCUAUUCGCAACGAAAUCUUACACUGAUUUUUAGCUCUUAGUUUCAAUCUCUCGAAUCUCCAAAGCUUCAAUCUGAAGCUCGCGAUCAACAUUCUGGAUUUUUUUUUUUUAAUAAAUUUCAAAAUUAAAGGAUUGAGAGACCUUUGGAUUGGAUUUCUAGGAAUUGAUUUGUUGCAUUUUCGCAGUACAAAAUUCGAAAUUGAAAAUGACGUAGAAAUCAUAGGACCUUGGCGCUUAAUUUCUUCGCGAUUUAAAUAUGAGUAGGCUACAAGGAUUGUCAGGAAUAAGGAGCCUGGAACAGUUCAAAUCUUUGCCAGGAUCUGCGAAGACACUAUCGAUUUCUUCUCGAGCGUCUUCCGGCUCAGUUUCUGCGGGAAGUUUUGCGAAUCUGAAGCUCACUGCAGAGAAAUUGGUCAAAGAGCAAGCUUCUGCAAAAACUGACCUUGAACUCGCGAACUCUAAGCUGAAGAAGCUGACAGACCACAUUAGGGUGCUGGAGGAGAAAUUGCAAAUUGCGUGCAAUGACAAUGCUAAGCUAAAAGUGAAGCAGAAAGAAGACGAGAAGCUCUGGAAAGGGCUUGAAUCAAAAUUCUCUUCAACAAAGACCUUGUGCGAUCAACUUACAGAAACAUUGCAGCAAUUGGCUGUUCAGGUUCGGGAUGCUGAAAAGGAUAAGGCACUUUUUGAAGGUAAAUUCUCCACAACAUCAGUUGCUCUUGAUAAUUUGCACGAGCAGAUGAACUCUCUGUCUUUGAGACUGAACUCUUCAGAAAACACAGUUAAAAGCCGUGAGAAUGAGCUUAUGGAACUUGGGCUCGUGAAGGAAAAAAUGGAGAACUCGUUCAGGGAUGAAAAGAGCAGAGUUGCCAUUCUUAUUGAGGGGAAAGAUGCUAUGAUAAAAAAUUUGGAAGAAGCUGUAUCAACUAAUAAAAUGGCUCUGGAGGGUUUGACUACUAAGAUGGACGCUUUGCAUCUUGAACUGAGAACAAAAGAAGAUGACCUACGAGAUUUAAAGAACAAUAAGGAGAAAUUGGAGAGGGAAAAAAUUGAUCUAUUAUCAAGUAACAAAGAUUUUGCUAGCAGAUUAGAGAAGGCACUAGCAGAGAUAAAGAAUGUUGAAGAAUUUGUUAAUGUGCUGGUCGCAAAGUUUACCGACUUGGAAAAUCAAAGUCUGACCUUUGCGGAAAAAGUCAUUCAACUUAAUGCUCUAUUUGAUUCAUGUUUUAAGCUGGUUCAGCAAGAGAAAGACCUUGCUGCUCAGUGUGCUAAACAAAAAUUUGAUCAAAUACAGAAUCAGGCUUUAUAUGUUACCUCAGAGAAAAAUGCGUUACUGCUGGUUAAUCAGGAAUUGGACGGUAAAGUCAUUGAACUUCAGAAAGAACAAGAAUUCACAAUGGUGCAGCAUGCAGAAGAAUGCCGUUUAACAGAAGAGAAAAUUCUGAAAUUAGAGUCUGAAGCUGAAACACUUCUCUCGAAGCAGCUGGAAAUGGAAACUUUAAUAACCAAGUUGAGGGAAAAUAUUAAUACUUUAUCAGAAAAGUCAAGAUUGUCAGAGAAUAAAAUGGAAAAAUUGUUAUUGAAACUUUCUGAGUUGGAGAUGGAGAACAAAGAUCUUGCAGAAAAGCUACAAGCAGAUAUUUUGAAAAAGCAGGAUGAAAUUUAUCUUUUGCAGAAGGAGAUAGAGAGAAGUGAAGAAAAUGUAGAUUCACUACAGAAAAGAGUUAAUCAAUUUGACAAGGCAUUGGAUGAGAAGGAUCAGCUCAUUUCUGAACUCAAGAUGAAAGAAAAACAGUUCGAAGAUCAUAAAGCAGAGAUUCAGGCAGCACUAGCUGAUGCUGAAAGCAAGCUUAUGGAAGCUAAGAAGCAGCAUGAUCAGAUGUUAGAAAAUAAACAGUUGGAACUGUCAAGGCAUCUGAAAGAAAUAUCUCAGAAAAAUGAUCAGGCCAUUAAUGAUAUACGGAGGAAGUAUGAGGUGGACAAGCUGGAGAGUGUUAAUCUUGAAAAAGAAAAGGCAGAUGAAGUUAUUGGAGAGAUGGAAAGGCAGUGUGAGCAAAGGAUUGCAGAAUCUCAGAAUCACUUGAUGCGAGUACAGGAAGAAUAUGCUGCUAUGAUUAGUCGCAUUCAGCAAGAACACAAUGCAAAAGAAAUGAGUCUCAUAGCCAAGCACAGCGAAGAGCUAAAAUGUCUCCAACUUCAAGCCGAAAAUGAAUUAAGAGAGAAAACAACAAUGCUCAGAUCUGAGCAUGAUGCUCAGUUAAGAGCUAUGAAGUGUGAGCAUGAAGAUGAGUGCACAAGGCUGCAGGAGGAGUUGGACAUUCAGAAAUCAAAGGAAGAGAGGCAGAAGACCUUACUGCAAAUGCAGUGGAACGUGAUGAGUGACAAUCCACAAGAGGACCAAGAAGUGAAUUCAAAGGGCUACGCAAUUUCGUCCAAGAUGAGAAAGUCUGAUAGUGGAAAUAGAAAUCAGCAUGCUUUCAAGAGACCAGAAAAGGAUUCACCUCACCAGAUAGCAAGUCAGACGCCUGUGUCAAAUUUGUUGAAAAAAGUUGAAAAAGUGAACGGCGGAAGUCUUCCCCAACACAGUAGGAAGGUGACUCAUCAUGAAUAUGAAGUUGAAACAUCAAACGGUAGAACAGUUACAAAACGACGGAAAACUAAAAGUACGGUCAUGUUUGAGGACCCAAGGAAGCACAGGAAGAGAGAGACGCCAAAAGCUAAGAUUCCCAAAGAUUCUACCAAGGGAGUCAAAGGUGGAGUGCAUCCAAAUCCUUCCCACAUAGGUGAUCUGUUCUCAGAAGGAUCUUUGAAUCCAUAUGCCGAAGAUCCCUAUGCAUUUGAUUAGAGGUUUUCAACAAAGUACAAUCCUCAAUUGAUUGCCCACUAAAAUAAGACAUGAACUGGUCAUACAGAGUAUCCUGGAGCUUCUGCAUUCUAUACUAUUGGGUUACCAUUACAUACAAUUGCUUCUUUCUGCCAAAAUUCAGCUUUCACAUUGUGUAAAAUGGUUGUAUUUUUCGGAAUCUCUCCUGGCCAGGAAAAUAAUUUGGCCAUGGCAAGCAUUUCAAAAUGUCUGGAUGAAGUAGCUCGUAGUAAGAGAAUUGUUCAGCUAUGAAUAAGCUUUUGUACAGUGAACCCAGCUUUGCUGGAGGGUUUUAAACAACUCAUUUCUUCCGUACAGGAGUUUAGUGUUGCCAAUUUUGGCUCUGAUUGCAUCAUUUGUGGUAAUAAAUAAUAGCUUAUAAACUCUCAAAAUA